GUUCCUGCUCUUAUCUUCCGUCUCUCCUGCAGCCCGGCAGAAGAGCUCAGCUUCGGCUCCAAGGACACGGAGAAGAAAUGCCUCAUUAUCCUCUUCAACGUGACCAAGACCAAGUGGCCUUCAAGGUGCGGACCACGCCCCGGAGAAGUACCGCGUGAAGCCCAGCAGCAAGCAGCUGUGAGGCGGGCGCCUCGGUGGAGAUCCUGGUGUCUCUACAUGGAGGCUACACGGCCUCUCUUCAGGAUCGCUUCCUGGUCAUGGCGGCAGAGAUGGAAAAUAACGGAACCCAAGACCUCGCCCAGUUCUGGAAGGAGGUCCCCAGAGCGAACAUCGUGGAGCACAGAUUACGCUGUCACGUCAUGGAGAGCGCUAAGCCGCCGCUGAGCCCCCCGGGGGACGGCCCCCUGGAGACGGGAGCCAAUGGGCAGCAGGACCUGAGCACCACGCUGAUGCGGGUGAUGGCGUCCAACGCGCGUCUGGAGCAGAAGCUGGACUCCUGCCUGUGGGUGCAGAAGGUCCUGCUGGGGCUGAUGGUGCUGCUGCUGGCCCUCAUCGUCCAGGUGCUGUACCGGGAUGGGCCCCCGGAACAGGGCUCCUGACCCCCCCCCCCCGACCCGGGACCCCCGCACCGCACCCCCCCGACCCGGGACCCUACAGUGGGGGUCCCUAUUGGGGGGCCUGGAGAGAUCAGCGGGAGAGAGACGGACCAGACCAGACUAGAGCUGGACCACUGUGUCCCCCUCUCUCGGUCGCCCUCUGUCUGUCUGUCCCUCUCUCUCUCUCCUGCUCCCUUGCUCUCUCCCUCUCCCUCUCCCUCUCCCUCUCCCUCUCUCUCUCUGAUGCCGUUGUCAUGGCAAAGGGGGAGGAGGGCGUGUGUCGGCAGACAGGAAACACAGCAACAUUCUGUAUCAGUGGCGUCAGCGGGACCCUGAGGGUGAGACCGGUUCCGGGUGAAGAGACGGUCGCCCUGCACUGUGACACGGGAUCAGUAGAAGUUCGGUUUUUAUAAAGGAAUGGUCCGGAAGUUUCAAAGAGUCUAUUGUUAGCAAAAAAAAAAACUGAAAAAGCUCAGAAGAAAAAAUAUGUAGUCAUUUUAUUAUGCGGUCAUACUGUACAUUAUUGUAUUUUAAAUAGGGAUACAUAUCUAUAAUAAAAUAAUGUGAUUUUUUA